GUCCCGCCUUAGCCUCUCGGGCUGCGGGCGGUGUAGCCUGUCUGCUAGAGAGACAGGAUCCCAGGGCAGUGAGGCCCGCUUGGUGAGGCUGAGCUUCACACCCUGCCAGCCGAGUUUCCUGCUUAAGUGGCACGCGGUUCUGGAAGUGUACUCUCAAGGUGUAGUUGCAGUGUCUUUCAGACUCCAGUUUGUUCCUCCAGCUCAUGCAGAUGCUUAAGGUCCAGCUGAUUUCUCAUCAUCUCUGCAAAGUUCCUGCACCAUGGCAGACCAACAGUUCCCUCAAUGGAUGGUUAAAGAUCACUGCCGGAAAAUGCAUAAACCUCCAAUGAACAUUGAAGAAUUCUUAAAGUUUCAAAAUUGGGAUUAUUGGCCAAGGGAAAUCUAUUUUGGAGACAAUGAUAAAUGGUUACACACUGUAAAGAAAAUGAAAGAAGAUAGUUCAUUUACGUCAAUUUAUACACAUCUGUGGGGAACUGUCCCUCGAAUACAUGAUGCAAUCAUUACCAUGGAGUCAAGAUUAAGGGAAUGUUCAAUUCUUUUGAAAAACCAUGCCUCUAAAAUACUUGAUUGGAACAGCAUAAUUUCUGAGACAAGUUCUAAAAGAAAAUUGGAAAGAUACAAGGCAUUUCUAAGGAAGCACCAUAAGAGAAAGAAGAUAAUGCUUUCAGAUGAAAUGGAGACGAAGAAGACUGUAGAGGGUUGCAGCUUCUCAGGAUUCAAAACAAAUGAGCUUACUCAACUACCCAGACAUUUGGAUGCUGAACAAAUUUAUCUUUUUAUUUUAAAAACCCAGAAGUUUGAUGAAAAAGUUUUUAAAAUCUGGAAGACCCAUUUUCUCUCAGAAGCUUCUAUUGCUCUUUUACAUGAUUCAUUUUGGUGGUGGUGUCUGCAUAAAUUUAAGCCUGACAGAGAAAAUCAAGAUUCCUUGUUUGAGAGAAUUUCAGAAAGUUAUGUGAUGCUUUUCAUGAGCAUCCCUGCAAGUCGAAAGGAUACAUUCCUUCAGGUGUAUCCUGAUUGUUUGGCACAAGCUAUCUAUGCAACAUUCCAGGAAGCAUUUCCAGAAUCCAGUAAUAUUUUUAAUGAUGAAUUUAAAGAAGAUCUAGGAAAUAAUAUUUUUCUUUGGCUGUCAGGUUUAAAACCUCCAAAAGGCUUUUGGACCCACUGGAAACUCAAAGAACUCUCCACAACAACCAUACAUGGUACUAAGAAAGCACCUUCAAAAUCUUUAAAGGACAGAAUUGAAAGGAGUCAAGAACGCAUAACGGCUGCGAUAGACUUCAAUAUGAUGAAAAUUUUAAAGAACCCAAGAGCAUACACAAUGCCCACAUUCAAGGAAGAAUCAAGUGUAUCAAGUCUAACAACAAAGAUGACACUGUUAAAAGAUGGAAAGCAAACUGCAGAUCCAUCUCUGGUAAUACACCACAUUGCUGCAUCAUUGGCCCUGUCCUCUGCAGACUAUUUUAUCAACAACUUGGAUAAAAACAUGGUUGCCAUUUUUAUUAGAUAUUUAGAAGUCAUAAACCUUGGAAGAACGAUGAAUACGUUGGAUGACUAAAAGCUUACAACAGUUGAGUAGUAGGCCUAAUCUUAGAAGAUAAAUUUUUAUUAUGAAAAAAGUAUAAAGGUCCAAAAUUACAGCUGCAUAAGUAUAGGAUAAUAAAGCCUUGGGUUAGAGGCAUCUGAAAAGAUUUGGAAAUUAUUUUUUACAGUAAUCUCUGUAUGUAUCAACACACUGUUGACUCCCAAAUCUUACUGCAUUCUUGAACUUUUUAAACAGACAUAUAGGAUCUACUCUAUGUUGAUUACACAAUUAUUGUGUAUUAUGUUCAUUUGGGAGUCCUGCAUUAUAAAAGGGUGUAGACAAACAAAAGAGUUCUGAAUAGAAAAUAAUCAGGAUAAUUAAGGGCUAUAAUUAUAUAAUUAAUGGUAUAUUUGAGCAGUGACCAAAAUAUUUAAAGGCAUUUCCAU